CGGUGGCGCGGGUCCAUUGUUAUAUACAUCACACCCGUCUCCCAAUUUUACUCCAAUAUCAUCCUCAGACGUGUCCGUUGCACGCACCAUUGCCAGCUGCUGGUCACACCCACAUUGGUUUACUUUUCUACAAUGCUUUCAAAACAGGUCAUCGCAGUAGCGCGGAAUCGUGCUUUUUUCACUGGGAAACAUGUACAACGUGCAGGUGCCCUGGUCAUGUCGAAAGGAUGGAGGACUGCGGAGUCACAUAUGAGAUGCGCUCAAUUUCAUUCAACGCAUCUCUUGCAAGCUGAGACCAUCAAAGUUCCACAAAUGGCAGAGUCCAUUUCUGAGGGUACUUUGAGAUCGUGGUCAAAACAAGUUGGAGAUAGCGUUGAAGUUGACGAGGAAGUCGCGACUAUUGAGACCGAUAAGAUUGACGUCACGGUAAAUGCAUCGAAAGCUGGCAAGAUUGUGGAGCUCUUGGCGAAGGAAGAUGACACUGUCGUUGUUGGCCAAGAUUUAUUCAGGAUUGAGGUCGGCGAAGGUGGCCAAACUUCCAGCCCUUCACCAAAAGAGCAGGAAACUUCCGAAGAGCCGAAGGAACUCGCAGAAGAGAGUAAAGUGAAAGACCCUGAAGAGCCAAAGGAUCAACAAGUCGAUAAGAAGCCUUCAGAGCAUCCUCCACCUUCCGGAAAGGACAAGCUGAGCGGCGGUAUCCCCCCUGAAGGACCCAAGGAGGUGAAGAAGGAUGUGGCCAAGGGCAAAGACAUUCCACCGUCUAAAGGCACCGCGGCUGAGAAGCCAAAACCAUCGUCUGCUGCUGCUCCUAAAGCUCCUGGAAGCCGGAAUGAGACCAGGGUCAAGAUGAACCGUAUGCGUCUGCGCAUCGCCGAGCGGCUAAAGGAGUCUCAGAAUGCGGCUGCUUCGCUAACGACCUUCAACGAGAUCGAUAUGUCUUCUCUCAUGGAAAUGCGGAAAAAGUACAAGGACGAGGUACUGAAAGAACAUGACGUCAAACUAGGUUUCAUGAGUGCAUUCGCUCGUGCCUGCACAUUAGCACUCAAGGAGAUCCCUGCUGCGAAUGCUUCGAUCGAGGGUGAUGAGAUCAUCUACCGUGACUAUGUCGAUCUCAGUGUCGCCGUGGCUACACCAAAAGGGUUGGUCACCCCCGUUGUGCGUAAUGCAGAAGGCAUGGGCUUCCUCGAGAUCGAGAAAGAGAUUGCAUCGCUCGGCAAGAAGGCUAGAGAUGGUAAACUCACUCUUGAAGAUAUGGCUGGUGGAUCCUUCACCAUCUCCAACGGAGGCGUCUUUGGAUCGCUAUACGGAACACCUAUAAUUAACCUGCCUCAAGCAGCCGUUUUGGGUAUGCAUUCGAUCAAGGAGAAGCCCGUGGUGGUCAAUGGGCAGAUUGUCAUCAGACCCAUCAUGGUUGUUGCUCUCACUUAUGAUCAUCGGCUUUUGGAUGGUCGGGAGGCAGUCACGUUCUUAGUGAAAGUGCGCGACUACAUCGAAGACCCGAGAAAGAUGCUCCUCGCUCUCAACUGAAUGAAGUUGUUUCGACGUAGAUAAUUAAUUAUUGGUUCAUUUGUUACAGUACAUACUAUUCGAACUACUUUGAAGACUUCAAUAGUGUGAUGAGAGGGGUCGAGAGACGUCGUUAAUGAGAUAAUGAUAUACGUUGCAUGUCGUCUUAUACUGGUACUGUAUAUCUACUUGUACUGUGCUAUUAUGCGUGGACUUUGGCUGGUGGAAACGUUCCAGAUAUUUUUUCAAUUGAUGAAGAGUGAUCCU